UACGUCUUUUUUUAAAAAUAGGUCAAUCCAACAACAGAAUGUACCAACGCAUUGCUGAAGAUGACAUACUGUCCACAAUGUCUAGGGUUACUCGCUCUUAAACCUUGUAAAAAUUACUGCCUCAAUGUCAUGAAGGGUUGCUUGGCCAAUCAGGCAGAUUUGGACACAGAGUGGAACAAUUUUAUUGAUGCAAUGUUGAUGGUUGCAGAAAGGUUGGAAGGACCAUUCAAUAUUGAAUCAGUCAUGGACCCCAUUGAUGUCAAGAUUUCUGAGGCAAUCAUGAACAUGCAGGAGAACAGCAUGCAGAUCUCUCAAAAGGCAUUUCAAGGCUGUGGCAAGCCCAAGACUUGGUCAGCGAGUCGCUCAGCUCGAUCGGUAGCCGAUGGAUUUAAUGCUCGAUUCAGACCCUAUAGUCCUGAGGAGCGCCCUACAACAGCAGCUGGCACGAGCCUUGACAGACUGGUGACGGAUGUAAAAGAAAAACUUAAGAAGGCAAAGAAGUUUUGGUCAACCCUUCCACAUAGUCUGUGCAGUGAUAACAGUUCAGCAAGUGUGACAGAGCAGAAUGAGUGUUGGAACGGAAGCAACAAGGGCAGGUACACAUUUGCUGUAAUGGGUAAUGGCCUAGCCAGUCAGCUCAACAAUCCAGAUGUGAAAGUGGAUAUCACCAAACCAGAUAUGAUGAUUCGUCGACAGAUAAUGGCACUGCGGACAAUGACUAGUAAAGUGAAGAAUGCUUAUGAUGGAAAUGAUGUAACCUUCCGUGAUACAAGUGAUGAAAGCAGUGGUGAAGAAAGUGGAAGUGGCUGUUUUGGGUUGGAUUGUCAGUCGGAGUUUGAGUUCAUGAGUACAGAUGCUCCUAUGGUCUUUGGCCCCGUGGAACCCAAGAAAAUUGCUCCCAAAGAUACUGCUCACUGCAUUAGACUCUCUCUACAAGUUCUACUUAUGAGUUGUUUGAUAAUAAUCUUAGAGCAACAGUUGCGGUAAUCUCACAAGUUGCUGAGAAGAGUCUUUGCACAUGGCUAUUUUUUAAAAUUACUCUGACUUAUAUCAUUGUGACUUUGACUUUAAUUUCAGUGUUUCUUUUAAUGUCUCAAUAAUGAUGCAUGGUUGCUGCUUUAUUUGUUUUCAGAUUGCCAUUGGCACCACUGAAUCUUGUCGUUGUGCUUAAGUGAACACAGGACUUUCUCACUUUAACAUAUGAAUUUCAAAGUAAACGCAGGCCUGCAGUUAGUGAAUCUUUAAUGCAUUUUUUAAACUCAUUCUCAUUUUACUUUGUUGAAGAUAUCAGGAUCUUGUGUAAGAAAAUAUAUCAAUGGACUCUAAUGCACCCCACCCCCAAAGGGGCCAAUGGGAGGCACUUAAUUAGCCAGGAGGGUUGCAGAUGGGAACCCCACUGCCUCUGUCCUCCACACGCAAUUAAUAUCUGUUUGAGGGUUUCAACCUGCAGCCACUUGUGUUUGAACAGAAGCUGACAGGGCACUUGCCAUGCAGGGAGACCAAGCAAAUUGUAUCAACUUUGUUAGAGAGCUUUUCAGCAGGGAGUGGUGAGGGGUGUUCCCUUCACUGAAAGUUGGUGCCUGUACAAGCAACAUCUAACAUUAAGAAGGGGAAGGGCUACCAAUUCCACUCCCUACCCUUUCUUCCAACUUCCCUUUCUACCAACUUCACUUUCCACCGCACCCAGCAACCUUCACUCACUUUGAUUUGUGAUCCCUUGGUAUUCUAGACAUCUAAUAGAUGCAUUGCUGCCAGUGGUUCUGACAGCAGUAACAAGCUGCUAGCCUCUGAAUGGCCGACCACUUAAGUGGACUCCCCAAAGAAGAUGACAUGGGACUUCUACCAAUUCUCCAAUUGUUGGACAAAAGCCUGUCACCAAGAUUAAAUUCUACCCUCUGCAUUUCAUGAUGAGGAUCUGCACAAAAGCAAUCAUAGACAUCAUGAAAUUAUUUGGAAUAAUGCUGCACCUAUCAAUGCACAAACAUACCUGUUAUUUAGUUGAGAAAUCUGCUAGACACUCAGUAUAAGUUUGUAAUUUAUUUUGGUUCUACAUAUUUGCAGAAUGAUUAGAGCUGAGAUUAGUGAGCCCUUUAAUAAAGCAAGACAUUGGAACCUUUAAGAGGUGAUCUUAGAAGUGUUGGAAAGAGACUGCAGCACAAGCACAAGAAUUUGGCCAUAUGUUAACAGUGCUUGUUGACAUGUAGAGAAAUUGAAUUUUAUAUAAGAGAAAUCUCAAAGUUAAUUCUGGCAUGUGUUGUGUUUUGCCAUCUGCCUGAGUUACUUUUUGCAGUUUGAAGGCCAGUAGCAUCUUCCUGGGAUUUAUUUUUAGCUGCAGAGUCUGAAUGCAAAUAUAAAUUUUGUUUUGAUUCCUGCUUUCAUUAUAAUAUUGAAUUUAUCUUUAUAUCAAAAUUUUAAAUACUUGUAAUUGCUAGCUCAGGGUCAAUACGUUGUUUUCUAAAAUUCUGUUCAGUAAUCUCAACAGUUUUUUUUCAGUCAACAGAAGACUAAUGGUACACAUUUGCUGUUGAUAAAUUAUCCUUUGGAGUUUCCUAUCUGUAGCAAGUAGUUAUUAAGUUUGAAAUAGAUUUUUUUCUGAGAGAAUAGAUUGUACAUAGCUGAGACACUGCUGAGUGCAUAGCUCAACUAUCUGAAGGUGUUGAGGUUUGCUGUUCCUUUUAGUUAGACAAGGUAGAAUUUAAUUCUGGCUUUCUGGAAGGGAAGGGAUGAUUGUGUCUAAAAUAUCCAUUCAUUGGCUGAAAUUCAGCUAAAGACCAGCAAAAUAAUGACAUGGUUCUGAGGGACAGCCAACUGUCAAAAUGCCUGCUGUGUCAUAUGCUAUCACUUAAGACAGACUAUUGAAUUCUACUUUCAUUCAUCUUGCAAAAGCCUAUUAUAAUUCCAGGAUUUAUAUUUUAUUGUUGAGACUAAUCAUUUAACUGAUUUUAUUGAAUUGUUAGUUCAUUUUUAAGCAAAGUACAAAAUAUCCUGAUGUAAGUUGUGAAACAUUUAUAGUGAUUGGCCUUUUGACGAUGUUACAAAACAUGUAUGGUGGGAAAUGUCAGCACUGAAUGCAAAACAUUCUUGAGUAAAUGUGUGAAUGUUAAA